UUCAGAGUUGAGAGGUAUCAGGGUGGGUCGAUGGAGGCGGCGGCGAAUCCAGCGAUAAAGGUGGUGGCGCUCUGCGGCUCCCUCCGCAAGGGUUCUUUCCACAGCGGGCUCAUCCGCUCCGCCAUUCAGAUCUGCGAUGCAUUCAUACCCGAGAUGAAGAUCGAGUACGUCGAUAUCGAGGCGCUCCCCUUCGUCAACACUGACCUCGAGGUCAACGGCAGCUUCCCAGAACCGGUGGAGGCUUUCCGCCGCAAAAUCCUUGGGGCGGAUGCCUUUCUCUUCGCCUCGCCCGAGUACAACUACUCCAUGUCCGGUCCUUUGAAGAAUGCUAUCGACUGGGCCUCAAGACCUCCAAAUGCCUGGGCAAACAAGCCUGCCGCUAUCGUAAGCGCAGGUGGUAAUUUCGGCGGCGGAAGAUCUCAAUACCAUUUGAGGCAAGUUGGAGUUUAUCUAGAUCUUCACUUUAUCAACAAACCAGAAUUAUCUGUGUGUGCAUUCGAGCCACCUCAAAAGUUCGAUGUCAAUGGAAACCUAAUCGACCUUGCGACCAAAGAAAAGUUAAAGGAAGUGCUUUUAUCACUUCAGGCUUUCACCCUCAGACUUCAGGGUAAAUGAUUAUUUUGUUAGAGACGAAUAAACAUGGAGUAAGAAAAUUCAAUAAUGUCGAUGUUGUUAUCAUCAUUGUUGGCUUGUUAUAAGAUGACAAAUUUUGUCUUG